UUACAUAAAGAUAUUUCGUGUAAUUAUAGGAUAUUUAAAUGAUUAAUAGAAUCGACGAAUUAUUUUGAAAACUCUUUAAGAAACUUCAAUUAUAUUUUCGUAAAACGUGAUUCAGAUAUUAAUUGAAGAUCUUAUUUAGUUUUUGGGUGUCCGUCUGUCCAUUCAGCCUGGAGAGAGAGGCAUUCAAGCUCCACAAUGGAUUCAAAACGGCAUGACCGCAGCUCCAAGUCCAAUACAGACUCGCCACCUGCACCACCUUCACCUCCUAUGUAUAGUGCAUCGUACACAACGUAUGACGGGUACAAAAACAGAUUGUCGUCACGUCGAUCACCUUCACCUUCGGAGUAUAGAAGCAGUAGAACUUCCCGAAAUGAUUCGCCACAGGAUAGACGUAGAAGAAGACGUAGUACAUCAAAAUCUUCUCCGAGUCGAUCACAUAAACGAUCCCGAUCACCCGACAGAGACAAAGAUCGAGAUAGGGAUAGAGAUCGUUCACGAAAAUAUUCCAGAAGAGACAGAUCGAGAUCUAGAUCGCGAGGAAGAUCACGUUCCAGAGAUAGAAGGCGUAGUCGUAGUCGUAAUAGAAGUAGAGAUAGACAUAGAGGCAGAGAAAGCCGUCGAUACCAUAGAGCACCAUCGUACGAAUCAGAUACUGCUGAAGAUAAUAACGAUACUGGCGUAUCGCAACCAGUUGUUCCUCUACAAUCUAAUGCUUUUAAAAACGAUGGUAGCUUUAUGGAAAUGUUCAAAAAGAUGCAGGAACAAAUGCAGCCUGCGCAAAAACCGACGACUUCUGUUUUGGAAGAGAAAACUGUUGUUCCUCCACCAUUGAUGGUGGGUAAGAGGCGAGGAGGGAGAAUUUUGAAAACUGGAAUGGUUGCUAAACCAAAGACUGAACAAACGGUUGAACAGCCCAAGGAUGCUUGGUCGCUUUAUAUGGCUGAAGUAAAAAAAUACAGAGAAGUUUGUUGUCAAGAAGAAGACAACACAAGACCGUUGGUCAAAUAGCUAAUUUUAAUUUAAUCACUUCUCAUUUAUCUAUGAUAAAUGUCAUUUCAAAAGAUACUGUCUUCUUUUUUUAAUUACUUUGUGGAUGCAUUUAAGCAUGGAAGAAUAGUCAACUCAAUUUAAAGAAUUCCAACUCCACUAAAAUUAUUUUGAGUUUCGAUAAGCUUCAAAGUAAAGCAUUUUGUUACAUAAGUAAAUAUUAUAUGCAGAAAUGUACAUGAACGUGAUAAUCAUAAUCUUCUUUUUUUUCUUUCAAUUACUAUAUAAAAUGUACAGUAUAUGUUGAACAGAUAUCAUGAAUUCAUAGUAUCAAGUUAUAAAAGAAACUUUAACUUAAAGAACAUUAUUAAUAUAAUAUGAGAUUGAAAAAGGACUGUAACGGAGAAAUACCUAUUAUUUAUAAUAGUGUGUUAAAUGGUGCAAGAGAUGAACGGACUAAAGCGAGAGACAAACGAGAGUUUGCUUUUUGGGAGAAAGGGAGAGUAACAUAUGUAGCGCUUUCAAUUAAAUAUAAUUAUUAAGUAA